GCAUGCGCAGAGGCGAACCGGCGCAGUAACAAGAAACAUGGCCGCCUCCACAGUGUGUCGUUCUGUGCGCUGUGUAUCUAAUGUCUUACCUCGGCUAAACACGUCUUGGAUACCCGUCACCUCCUGUAGAUAUGAAAACGUCUCCGGUCCGACGUUAACGUGGUGUCGGUAUUAUAUUUCUGGGCUGGAUACGAGUCGGAGGAGAGACGAAAGCGGUGUGACAUUGAGGCGGUGUGCAGGGUUUAAGAGCCUCUGUAUUUUCAGCUCACAUGCCUUCCACAGCAGCUCAGUGUGUCACGAUCAGCAGGAUUUCUACAGCAUCCUGGGAAUCCCACGAACCGCCACGCAGAAAGAGAUCAAGAAAGCAUACUAUCAGCUGGCGAAGAAAUACCAUCCGGAUACAAACCAAGAUGACCCGCAGGCUAAAGAGAAGUUCUCCAAGCUAGCAGAAGCGUACGAGGUUCUGAGUGACGAAGUCAAAAGGAAGCAGUAUGACACGUACGGUUCUGCGGGGCCGAGCGCAAGCGGGGCGGGGCAGCAAUACUGGAGGAGUGGAACCACCGUAGACCCUGAGGAACUUUUUAGGAAGAUCUUCGGGGAAUUUGCCGGAGCGCAGGGGUUCGGAGACUUCAGCUCUAUUUUCGAACAGCCGCACGAGUACGUCAUGGAGCUGACGUUCACGCAGGCAGCUAAAGGAGUAAACAAAGAGAUGACGGUGAACAUAGAGGACGACUGUCCACGGUGCCACGGUAAAGGUCACGAGCCGGGCACUAAAGUCACACACUGCCACUACUGCAACGGUACCGGCAUGGAGUCGGUGAACACAGGCAUGUUUAUGAUGCGCUCCAUGUGUCGGCGCUGCGGUGGGCGGGGCUCCAUCAUCAUCACGCCCUGUGUGAUGUGCAGAGGAACCGGCCAAACCAAACAGAAAAAGAGCCUCAUGGUUCCUGUGCCUGCAGGAGUGGAGGACGGCCAGACGGUGAGGAUGUCUGUAGGAAAUAAGCAGGUCUACAUCACAUUCAGAGUCCAGAGGAGUCCGGUGUUUCGGCGCGAUGGCACAGACAUCCACUCUGACCUGAUGAUCUCAGUAGCUCAGGCUAUUCUGGGAGGAACAGCUCGAGCUCAGGGCCUCUACGGGGCGGUGGACAUCGCGAUUCCUCCUGGGAUUCAGACGGACCAGAAGAUCCGUCUGGGUGGUAAAGGAAUUGCCCGCGUAAGUGGCUAUGGCUACGGAGACCACUACGUCCACAUCAAGAUCAAAGUGCCCAAGAAGCUGACACGGAGGCAGCGGGAUCUGAUCCUCGGCUACGCCGAGGAGGAGACGGAUGUAGAGGGAUCCGUGAACGGAGUGACCCGAUCAGCAACAGCAAGCUCCCAGCAUGCAGAAGAGAAGGAAUCCGGAGCAGACCAGAGUCGUGAGGAGGAGCAGGAGAAGGAGGAGGGCGAAAAGGAGAAGGAGGAGGGCGGAUUUUUCUCCAGACUUAAAAAGAUGUUCUCAUGAAGGAUGCAGCAGGUUAGGGACUCGGAACGGUCGCGUCUCAAACGCAGUCUUCAGGCCCAGUUUGAUCAUCUCGUUGUUGUGUCUAGGUGAGAGGCUGUGGAAGAGUUCGGAGUCACAGAAGCUCUCCACUCAUCUCAUAGAGACAGAGAGAGAGAGAGAUAAUUCUGUUAAAUUCUGUAUAACGAAGUAUGAACUCUUUGUGAAGCUGCAAAAUAAUGGUUUAUUAUCCUUCCCAAGCUAUUUGUUCAUGUAAACAAUACUUAAUGCUGGUUAAUGUGUAUUUUUCUAAUAUAUAAAAAGAAUGAAGUUGUCUGAAAGUGAUGACGGACACCAAGUUAUUUUGGGACGUUCCACAACAUUAAAUAUAACUAUAAAGAA